AUGCCUUCUAUAACGAGCCUUUUCACGCUGUGCAUUUUGCUCGCCGCCACAAACGCGCUACCAUCUUCGUUCGCCGCCAACACAACGAACCUGUGCCCAACCGAUACCGAAUACGCGUGUUUCGACGUGAUCAACUCAUCGCUCUGCUUGUCGCAGAAUGCUGCAAAAGGAACGGCGGAGCAAAUGGCUGCAUGCGUGGACUACCCGGGUGGAAUGAGCGAUUUGCCAGGAGCUUCAAAGGUGGGCAACUCCAGCCGAGCAUUUGCGAGAAGUAAGAGGCUGACGGAGCAGCUGUGCCGAUGUCCUGGCUGCCACGCGACGACGAUUAAUGAUGCCAUUGCGAAGCUGUUCCCGCCGCCGUGCAGUUAG